UAGCAACAUCUUUGGCUCGGCACCAUGCUUUCUUGACAAGUCCCUCUGUCACUGGGUUUCACUAAUCACCAACAUCUAAAAGGAAAUAACAAACAGAAAAUGGAAAUUAAGUCACUUGGUUUUCCCUGUGAUUAGGUUUAAGUUUUGAUCGACAAAUUUCAACUUUUCUUCAGUCUGAUCUUAGGUUUAGGUUUUAUUUGAAGAUAUCUGCAAUUAACAAAUAUCAGCAUCAGGAGAUUUUGAAUGGGGAUUGGGUUUCUGUUGUGGGUGUUGAUAUGUGCAAUUACUUUUGUGCUUUUGAAAUUUCUAUCUGCUAUUAUCGAAGGAAGGAUUAACAGAAAAAAAUCUGUUGGGUUUUUCCACCCUUACACUAAUGAUGGGGGAGGUGGAGAGAGGGUACUUUGGUGUGCCGUGAAAGCAUUCCAAGAAGUGAACAGUAAUCUUGAUUGUGUUAUUUACACUGGUGACCAUGAUGCUUCUCCUGAAAGCUUGUUGACUCGAGCCAUUGAUCGUUUUGGUGUCAAGCUCCUUCAACCACCUCAGGUGGUUCAUCUGUAUAAAAGAAAGUGGAUUGAGGAAGGAACGUACCCACGCUUCACCAUGGUUGGGCAAAGCUUUGGUUCAGUUUAUCUGUGUUGGGAAGCUCUGUGUAAACAUACUCCCCUAGUUUAUAUUGAUACUAGUGGUUAUGCUUUUACUUAUCCACUUGCCAGGGUGUUCGGGUGCAAAGUUUUAUGCUAUACACAUUAUCCUACAAUCAGUUCGGAUAUGGUCUCUCGAGUUCGACAGCGAGAUCCAAUGUAUAAUAAUGACCCUCUGAUUGCAAAGAGCAUCUGGCUAUCCCGUUGCAAAGUCAUCUACUAUACACUUUUUAGCUGGAUGUACGGGUUUGUCGGUUCAUGUGCUCACCUUGCAGUGGUCAACUCCUCAUGGACUCAAGCUCAUAUAGUGAAACUUUGGGGGAUUCCGAGACGUACGAAGAGAAUUUACCCCCCUUGUGAUACUAAAGGCCUUCAGGAGCUUCCACUGGAAAGACCAAUUAAUACACCAACAAUCAUAUCUGUCGCCCAAUUUCGUCCAGAGAAGGCCCAUACCCUUCAACUUGAGGCAUUUUCGGUUGCCAUAGGAAAGCUAGAUCCAAGUUCACCUAGGCCCAAGCUUCAAUUUGUGGGUAGCUGUAGAAAUCAGGAGGAUGAACAAAGAUUACAGAAUUUGAAAGAAAAAGCUAUUGAACUGAAGGUGGAAAAGGAUGUCGAAUUCUAUAGGAAUUUGCUGUACAGGGAUUUAGUGAGACUUCUGGGAGGUGCCAUUGCCGGGAUCCACUCCAUGGUAGAUGAGCACUUUGGCAUAAGCAUCGUAGAGUACAUGGCUGCCGGAGCAGUACCAAUUGCUCAUAAUUCAGCGGGUCCAAAGAUGGACAUCGUUCUAGAAGAACAAGGACAACAGACAGGAUUCCUUGCUCAGAAUGUGGAAGAAUAUGCAGAUGCGAUUCUUCAGCUACUAAAAAUGUCAGAUUGCGAAAGGCUUGAGAUGGCUGACGCAUCCAGAAGACGUUCUAGGCGAUUUUCAGAGGAAAGAUUUUAUGAGGACUUCAAGGCUGCAAUUUCACCAAUUAUAUCUCAUCCUCCCCUUUAGAUAAAUGUAACCUUUUGCACAGUCUAAACUGAUAGGAGCCCAGAGAGCAUAAUAAGUUAUUCAAAUUUACAGCAAAUAUAGAAAUGGCUAUACAGGAACACAAUUCUUCAGAAGUUCUGUUCAGCAAUUUAAAGCAGGCUAGAUAAUUUCAAUCCAGAAGUUCUGUUCUAUUAGAUAGUGAUUAGUUAUACAAGCCAAUUUUGACGUUGAUUUAUAGUCUUGUACCGAAAAGUCGCAAAAGUUAGAAGUUUCGGACACUGGUUAGCCAAUUACUACUAUGUGCUCUUUUUUCAUCUGGGAAUACAUCUGCUUAUUUGCUGUA